AUGGGAGGCCCUUCCAACCCAGGCCCUCAAAAGUGCACUCACUCCAGUCCACCCCCAGCAGUGGAAGAGCUGCAGCUCAUGUAUGCCAAUGGUGAGACCACCCACUCCAGUCCACUUGCAACAGUGGAAGAGUUGGAAUCAGUAUAUGUGAAUGUGGGUGCUAAAGAUAUGGAUGUAGUUUAUUCCCAGGUAUGGAGCAUCCAGCAGACACAAGGCUCAAGAGCAGUUUCAAAAGCUGUGGUUCUCCGCCAACCUUCAUGGUCUCCGAACUUCACAGGAGACAGAGUGACUCUUACAUGCAAAGAAGACCACUCCCCAGCUUUGGGAAACAUAGCUUGGUAUUAUGAGGGGAAUUUGUUGAAGAUAAAAUCUGUAAUGAUCCCAGCAGGAAAAGCUGGAAAGUACCAAUGCGAAACCAGAGGAUUCUCUCGUAGUGACCCUGUGGAUGUGGUCUUUUCACCUGAUUGGCUGAUCCUUCAAGCUUCAUACCCGAUCUUUGAAGGAGAUGAUGUGAAUAUAAGAUGCCAGGGGAAAAAGGAUGAUAAAAUUAUUGAAAGGAUUUACUACAAGGAUGGAAAAGAACUUUAUUCGUAUAAGAACAAAAAGUUAAUCACACUAUGUGCAGACUUUAGGGACAAUGGCGAAUAUCAUUGUACUGCUUCUGUGAAAGGCAUAAUUAGUAAGUGGACGGAACAUUCAAAACAUCUAAGGAUCCAAGUUCAAGAGUUGUUUCCACCUCCUAAGCUGACAGUUAUACCCACCGAGCCCACUGAGGGAAACCCAAUGACCUUGAGAUGUGAGACCUGGCUUCCUCCACAAAAGUCACACAUUCCGCUUCAAUUCUGCUUCUUCAGAGAAGGCCAUAUUUUGGGAACAAGUGAUAGCAGAUCCCCAGAACUCCAGAUCCCCAUCAUAUGGAGUGAAGACUCGGGAUCUUACUGGUGUGAAACAAGGCAGGUGGCUCACAGAGUCAGAAAACAGAGCAUCCAAUCUCAGAUUCAUGUUCAGAGAAUCCCUGUAUCUGAUGUGAAUCUAGAGCUCCGGCCCCCUGGCGGGCAGUUGAUUGAAGGAGAAGACCUGGUUCUUGUCUGCUCUGUAGCCAAGGGUUCUGGAACAAUCACAUUCUCCUGGCACAGAGAGGGCAUAGUAAGUCUGGGAAGAAAGACAGAGCGUUCCUUGAGAGCAGAGCUGCGGGUUCCCAAUGUGAAGGAACGUGAUGCCGGCAGGUACUACUGUACAGCUGACAAUAUGCAUGGCCCCAUCCUCAGCAAGUGGAUUUCAGUCACUGUGAAAGUUCCAGUGUCUCACAUAGUCCUCACCCUCCGGACUCAACGGGCCCAGCCUGUGGUAGGGGACAUGAUGGAGCUUCACUGUGAGGCCAAGCGAGGCUCUCCCCCGAUCCUGUACCGGUUUUAUCGGGAGGAUGUCAUCCUGGGAAACAGCUCAAGCUCCUCUGGAGGAGUGUCUUUCAACAUCUCUCUGACCACAGAACAUUCUGGAAAUUAUUCUUGUGAGGCCAGCAAUGACCUGAGGGCCCAGCACAGUCACAGAAUGACACUCAAUGUCAUAAUUCCAGUAUCUCGCCCUGUCCUCACUCUCAGGGAUUCCAGGGCCCAGACUGUGGUGGGGGACAUGGUGGAGUUUCUCUGUGAGGCUAAGAAAGGUUCUCCCCCGAUCUUGUACCAGUUCUAUCACAAGGAUAUCAUCCUGGGGAGAAGCUCAGUUCCCUCUGGAGGAGCAUCUUUCAAUUUCUCUGUGACCACAGAGCAUUCUGGGAACUACUCUUGUGAGGCGAGCAAUGGCUUGGAGGCUCAACACAGUGAGGUGGUGGCACUCAAUGUCAUAGGACCUUCCAGCUACAGAGCGGGCCUUAUUGCUACAAGAGUCACCGGGGGGCUGCUCAGCAUCCUUGGCCUUGCUGCUAUUGCUGCCCUGUGGUACCACUUUAGAACUCAAAGGAAAUCAGGUGGGUUAUCAUCCUCAUAACCUUCUUUAAAUGGACCCAAUGAAUCUCUGGAGCCUUCCUUAUCCAGGUCCUGUAACACAAACUCUCAAGAACCUUCCUACUUAGAGUCACUAGCCCUAGUGGAUCUGCAGCCAGUGUACAGCAAUGGAGACACAGUGAAUCUGAGAUGCUUGGGGAAAAAGGAUGAGAAAUUAAAUGAAAUGACUUAUUACAAGGAUGGAAUAGAACUUACUACUUUUAGAAGAAAUUCAAGCUACAUCAUAUUAAAUGCAACCUCCAGCUACAAUGGCAUGUACAGCUGCACUGCUUCUGGAGAUGAUAUAUCUUCACGGAAACGAUAUUCAAGUCAUGUAAGGAUCAUGGUUCAAGGAAUCCCUGUAUCUGGAGCACUCAUGGAGACCCGUCCCCCAGAGAAACAGGUGGCUGAAGGGGGAAAGCUGGUCCUUGUCUGCUCCGUGACUAAAGGCACAGGAGACACCACAUUCUCCUGGUACAAGGAAAGUCUGAAGGGGAUAGUGAGAAGGACAUCUCAGAAAUCCCAGAGAGCAGAGAUGCAGAUCCCUGCUAUGAGUGAGAGUGAUGCUGGGGUGUAUUUUUGUUCUGCUAACAAUGGCUAUGGUCCCAUCUUUAGUGCAAGAGUAAACAUCACUGUGAGAGGAACUUUCCCGGGCUCUGAAGACCAAGCCCACUCUAACUCAUCGGACCCAGCAGAGCAACUGGAACCUGUGUACAGCAAUGGUGAGCACUACUAUUAG